CGAUGCCGGUGAGGAGGGGGAUGGGCGCCUCUACGAAUGUAAGGACCGAGACAGAAUCAGAGCUCUGUAUCACAUACAGCAGCCUAUACCCCAUUAUAAAUAGCGACUGUAAAUAUAUAAGACACUAAAAUAAAUUGAUGUAUUUACCGGGGAUCUAUUAUAGAUACUCAAUGGAUGCAGUGCACGUGAACAGCACAGGGAAUUUAACUUUCCGUCUAUGCGUGGGAGACCCUGAGAAGUUUGUUUCCUAACCCUGGAGAGGGAGCCACUUAUAAGGGCAAAGGAUACAGGAGACUCCGAGGUCGAACUACAGGCCUACUGGUCUGACUGGAAUUGAUGUUGGGAUGCUAUAAGGAUUUUCUACUGUACAUGAAAUUGCCUCGUUUAUACAAGUUUGGAAUGCCUCUUUAGGUCCCCCAUGACCGUGAGCCGUGGGCUACGGCUCGGCGGCACCCCACCUCUGGAGUGGUCUGUUGUAGUUGGGACCCUGUGAUUCCUCGCCUCACCUCUCCUCCUUUCCCCCAUCCCAUCCUGUCCCUCCCCUUCCCCUCCCCUUCCUUCCCCCUCUUCCCCCCCUCCCACGUGUCGCUGUGCUGGACGUCAUGAGCAUAGUAAUCGCACUGGGAGUCACCACACCUGAAACGUCUUAUUCAGAUAUGGCUGCUGGAUCAGACCCUGAGUCAGUUGAAGCAAGCCCUGCAGUGAAUGAGAAAAACUACAACAACCACAGUUGUGGGAGCGCACAGAGUCAUGGGUAUCGGGGACUACCAUAUGCUAUGCAACAGUCUUCCGUUGUCUGUUGUCAGGAUCACAACUAUGGCGCACCCCCUCCCCCAACCCCACCCGCCUCCCCGCUCUCCCAAACCAUCAUUCCCCGCAUGGACCUCAAUGGCGUGGUACGCAGCUCUCACUAUCACGAUACUACUGAGGACAACUCAGCCGACAGCGACAGCUCCUCAGAGGAGGAUGGGGCCCCCUGGUGUCACUGCAACCUGACACCAGAUGGCCUGCUCAUCAAAUGUGAUAACUGCAGGGGACUGGACAGAAGGAAAGGUGUAAAAGGCCAACACAGAAAAAAACCAGAAAAUGUUUCAGCUGGAGAGAGUAGCGCAACAGAGAGUGGUGAUGAAGAGGUGUCACCCUCUACCAUCUCCUAUACUGCCACCCAGCAUACACCAACCAGCAUCAAACUCACUGUCAACAGAGUCAAAAGAAGCAAAUCCAAAAAGAGGAAGAAGAGCACGGAGAAGGCCCGUGGGGCACAGAAGGGCAAGAAAAUUAAGGCUUUCAGAGAGGGCUCUAGGAAGUCUAUGAGGAUGAAGAACUCUACCACAGAGGCCAGCGUGCUGGAUGAGAACACAGAAGAGGGAUGGGAGAACAGGAUCCGCCAGUGGACAGACCAGUAUGAGGAGGCUCUGGCCAACCAGUACAGCGCAGAUGUCCAGACACUGCUCCAGCUUCACCGAUCUACCAGUAGCACCAUCUCAAAAGGCGAAAGUGUUGCCACGACGCCUGCUUCAACCACACAGAUUCAGGCCUCCUUGGACACCAUGGACACCAUCAAUCGCACUGAGCUGACCUGUAACAAUACGGUGCUGGGCUCACAGAUGCAGCUCCAGCUUGGGCGAGUAACACGGGUGCAGAAACACAGGAAGAUCCUCCGAGCGGCGAAGAACCUGGAGCCGGACACACUCAUCAUUGAAUAUCGGGGAAAGGUCAUGCUCAAACAACAGUUUGAAGUCAAUGGGCACUUCUUCAAAAAACCCUACCCUUUUGUGCUGUUCUACUCAAAAUUUAAUGAUGUGGAGAUGUGUGUUGAUGCCAGGACUUUUGGAAAUGAUGCCCGCUUCAUCAGGAGGUCCUGUACACCAAAUGCUGAGGUCCGGCAUAUGAUUGCUGAGGGCAUGAUCCAUCUGUGCAUCUACGCUGUUAGUCAAAUCACAAAAGACGCUGAGGUCACCAUUGGAUUUGACUAUGAGUUCAGUAGCUGUAAUUACAAAGUGGACUGUGCCUGCCAUAAGAGCAACCAAAACUGCCCAGUGCAGAAGCACAACCUGAGUCCCAGGGAGAGCUUGGUGAGUCCCCCUUCCCUGCCGCCUCCCUCCCCUCUGAUUGGUGCUGAGACUCGAAGGAGAAAAGCACGGAGGAAAGAGCUGGAGGGCAGUCUGGCUGCUGAUGGCAACCUGAUGCUGGAGCAGCAGCAGCAGGACACCAAUAAUCUGCAGGGGACCAGUGACACUGAGGAGAGACUGCCAGAUGAGGUUAAGGUGGAAGAAGGGGAGGAUGGAGAAGUUGAUGAAAAUGGGGUCAUCUCCAAUAAAAGAUCUCUUAACAACCUGGAAAGGAGGAGGAGGAGAAUGGGAGGAGCAGAAAUAAAGGAGGAGGGUGUAGAAACUGAGGAUGGGGCAGGAAACCCCACAGGGAACACCUCCAUAUCCCAACACACUGGAGUUGGGGUCAGCACACGGCGCACCACCUAUGUUGUGGAAGCGUCAUCUAUUGAUGAAAAACCCUCACUACCGAAUCUGCCCGCCCCAGUUGCUCCCCCUAAACCCAUAAAACCUAACAAGCCUCGUCCCAAAAGUCGAAUAUCUCGCUACCGGUCAAGUUCCUCCCAGCGUGCCCGACGACAGCGCCAAGCCCUCGCCCAGCAAGCAGCAGCCGCUGCAGCAGCAGCAGCAGCAGCAGCAACACCAACAUCAACUGAUCAGGGUGCCGCUGUGGACGAGGAGGGAAGUCAGGGCCCAUAUGGUGCUGAACAUAGCCACGGGGAGAGCACCGUGGGAGGUCAUUUUGUAGAUGGAGAUGGCCAAGGCCUUAACUGCAUGAACAGAGGCAGUCUGCGGUACCCAAAGACCAAGAAGUACCUGGUGACAGAAUGGUUAAAUGACAAGAUUCCUGGAGGAGAGAGAGUCCACCAGGAGGUUCCUGUUGAGCGCCCGCUGCGGAUAACCACUGACCCCACAGUUCUAGCCACCACUCUCAACAUGCUUCCAGGCCUCUCUCAGUCAUCACUCAUCUGUACCACACCCAGACACUACAUCCGCUUUGGCUCCCCCUUCAACCCUGAGAGACGCCGGCCCCGUCCGCUCCAGAUGGACGGCACUUAUGGCUGCUUCAAAAAGAGAUGGAUCAAACAGGUGGAAGAUGAGAGCUGCUCAGCCAGUGUGGAGGAUGGCACAGAGUCCACCUCCUCCCAUCAAAGUACCAGUAGUAGAUCCACCCCGAACCCUCUAUCCAGUGAACUCACUGCACCUUUUAAAAAGCGCCACUCCAAGUAUAUCACAGAAAUAACACCAGCACCCUCGGACCACCUGCUUCGCCCGCUGUCACCCAUCACACCCCCGCUUCCAGAGGACUCCCUUCACCCGCUGCUCCAGACUCCCUGUGGCUCCCUGCUGCCCAACGGCCUGGCCUACUCACCCAUGCCCUCACUGCCUGCCAGCCGCUGCAACACACCGCUGCAGUUUGAAAACAUAUCAUCCCCUGAGGCAUCUCCUGUCCACCGGCCUGAGUCCAUAUCCCCUGAGCCAUGCCUUCAGACUGACUUUGAUGCCUCUCGGCCGCAAUUCCCAGACCUGUCACUCCCUUCCAGCUUGGAGAGCCCUGUUCCUGUGACCUCAGAUGAUUUUUCCCAACCCGGAGGCACUGCAGGCCAAGAUUCGCAGGGCCUGUCAUCUGUAGGGAGCAGUUCCCUAAAUCCAGUGUCAUGCCCUUCCUCGGACAUAAACGCCCAAAACAGGGAGCAGGCCUUCAGGACAGAGUUCAACCUCAUAUACACCUGCUCACCUCUCAACGCAAACCUGGGGAACCCCACAACCACCGACCGACGCCUCUCCCAGUCAGAAGGAGGAUUCUCACCUGCAGAUUCCUUCCACAGUUCCAUAAGUGGCCAGGGGCUGAUUGGAGACAUGGGCCCCGGCUCCAUGUCACCCUUUGGGGAGCCUCAUUUUGGAGGAGGCUACCCUGAUAAUGGCACACCGCCUCACACCAGCAACCCACCACAAAAAAAGAAGAGGGCCAACCAGCAUACCAUUAGUCUGCUGACAGGGAAGCCAGAUUACCAGGCAAUUGCUAUAAGAAGUGAAUACAAGCCAGUACAAAAUAUGGUGUCUUUGCUGGAGUACCGCAAGAGGAAGCAGGGUGGUGGUCGCGACUCAGAGCCAGCCAGCAGCAGCUCAUCUCUGGGUGGAACCCCCACACGACCUGGCUCCCACUACAACAAGGACUCCCAUCAUCCCCAUUCCCAUCAGCAGAUGCAGCCUCAAGCAUCCCCACACAGCACCUUCUCAUCCUCAGCACACACCACCUCAAUCCCACACACAGAGCAGGUCAGUCCUCCGGACCACCAGGGCCCAUCAGUGCAGUCCAGACGCCAGGACAGCAACAACCAGUGGAUGGUCCCCACUACUGUUGAACGUCUGAGGGAAGGCCAGGGGGCUCUAGAGCGAGCUCUGAGAAGCAUCAAGCUUUACAAGAGGAGUGAAGGCUCCAUAGAGAAGGAAUCUGAGGCAGAUCGAUACGAGAUGCAGGCGGUGUCCAUGGCUUCUUCCAUGAAGAGUCCACACACAUACAGCCCCUCUGUGUACUCUCACCAGUCCACAGAAGGCCACAGACAGAUUGACAGCCCGUCGUUCCUCCAGCAGACCUCCAGCUCUCCAUUCCGUUGUUCCUACAGUCCCUCAUCAGGCCAGAACAUCUACCAGCGCCUCUCUUCCUCCCACCCAGGACUCUCCCAGGACCACCCCCCAACCUCAUACUCAAGCCCCACCUCCACUUCCUCAUCGGACUCCAGGCCACCGGCGGGCUCUCUACACCAGCAGAGUGGUAGCAGUAGCGUGGACGGAGGCCACGGCUAUAGCAGCAGCCAUUUAAAAGCCAGCCUUUUGAACAGCAGUGGCCUGGCGGGGGCUUCUACCCCCGGAUCCAGGGCCCAUGGGCAGACUAAAACAGACUCUGGUGCACAGGCCUCCAAAGGGAGUCAGCACCAGGCACCUCGCAGCCUGAAGUCAGGCAGCCCAGGUCAGGCAGUGCUGCAGGCUGGCCCCAGGCUACUGUCGGCCUCUGGGUCAACACACUACCCCCAGCGAGGGACAAACCUCAGUCAGUUCCAGCACUCUUCCCUCCAGGGAUCCGGAGUAAGGACACAGUCAGGAAGCUUUUAGGACCUUGUGCAAGUGUGUAUGUGUGUGUGUGUUUGUGUGAGUGUGACUGAAGCUGUGUAUCUCCUCAACCCCUGAGGCUGCAGUGGAACAGGGAUCAGGGAGUUUGGAGAGGGCAAAUGUACAGACCUGAGAGGAACAAGGACUUCUUUGAGAAUUUGUCCUGUAUUAUUUUGUCUUUUCUUUCUUUCUUUUCAGAAAAAAAAACAAUUAGCACAUCCUGCACAAAGAUUAAUCAUUGACUUUGUACAUCAUUAGAGUUUCGGAGGGAAAAGUGAUUUCAAUGACGCAUUCAGAGAAAAACAAAAAACCAAGAAAUCAUGUGUAACUUGAAAUUGUUCCAAGUGAUUCUUCUUGUUCCAGACAAUUAAAAGAGGGUCGAUAAUGUCAGAAAUUAAAACCUUCCACACAAAUGUCUGUACAAAGUUCUACAAGGCCACACCCGUGGUCACUGUGGUAUCCAGGUUGGAGAAAUGCUGACAUGCAUAUGUGUCUAAAAGCAAGAGUUAUAUUAUUUUAAGUGUGUGUGUGUGUGUGUGUGUGUGUGUGUGUGUGUGUGUGUGUGUGUGUGUGUG